CCACCCUGACGUCACUACCCGUGUUGACACCGCUAAACAAGAUUACAAUCAACGCGCCAAUCUCAGGAAUGAGUGACAUCCUGCCGAGGGGCCGCGGGCAGCCAGUGCGCCGUCGGCUUUACACUUAUAACAAAGCAAAAUGUUGGUCGCCGCACUGUUGUUGGGUCUGUGCAUGUUCGCGCGAGCAAUGCCCCCAGACAAGCAGAUCCGUCCGCUCCAUAUAAUUAAGACUCGCAGCAUAGACCUGAACAACGCACAUGCCUUGACUAUAGAGAGUCGGCUGGAGAAGAUCGUGGAACCCACAGGCUACAAGCUUCAGCUGGAACCGUACCUUGAGGAUGGAGUCUUUAAGGGUCGCGUCAGCAUCAACGUGAGCUGGCUGCAAGACGCCGACGAGCUCAAGGUCCACUGUGCGCACGAGAUCGAGAUCAGCGACGCGCAGGUCAACGCUCAUGUGCCCGCAGAUAACAAACAACUCGAAAAGGUCACAGUAAAGAAGAUCACGACGGACCCUAAGAAGCCUAUCGUGUCGCUACGCCUCGAGAAGAUCGUGCCCAAAGGCUGCAAGGGAACCCUGGAGUUCACCUUCAACGGCAACCUGGAGACGGCGCAAACUGAAGCCUUCUUCAAGUCUACUUACCAGACCGAACAGGAAGUUGAGAGGAUAGUAGCAGCGACCCAGCUACGUCCGAACAACGCUCGCCGUAUGUUCCCAUGCUUCGACGAGCCAGGGUACAAGACUCCCUUCCAACUCAGUGUUCGACCCAAGACUAUGGUGGCGCUUAGCAACACGCCAGUGGCAAGGACUGAGGAGAUCCCAGAUGAACCUAACGCAGUCUGGGACCACUUUGAGACCACACCGCCCAUGUCUACCUUCACACUCGGGCUAGUUAUCGCUGAUAUCAAGCAACUGAACAGCAGCACCAUCUACACUGACGAGAAAGGAAACAAGAUCGAACUCCGUGUUUGGGGCCGUCCCGAAUACCUGGAAGCGCUCAAUGGUGUCAACGAGAAACUGGCGCUCGUGUUCAAGGAGAUUGCUAAGUUCUGGCAAGUGCCUCUGCCACUGAAGAGGCUGGACGUUGUUGCACUGCCUAAUUACCAGGGCGUGAAGCCGGCUGAUAACUGGGGACUGAUCGUGUUCAGGGAGAGUGACCUUAGCAGCCGCGGCUACAUCCAGCUCGCUCAAGAACUCUCAUACCAGUGGAUGGGUGCCCUAGCCACGCCCGCGUGGUGGUCAGAUGCUCAUCUCAAUAAGGCUUUAGUCGGUUACUUAGCUGCUGAGACUGCUUUCAAGAUCAACAACGGUUCCGAAAUGGAAGGAAAAUGGCCGAUGACGGUCCUCUACUCCUUGUACUACGAGUUCAGCAAACGCUACCCUCACUCCCGCAUCACGGGCAUGAAACAGGAGACGACGUGCACCAAGAUCGAGCUGCUGUUCAGGAUGUUUAACUACACGUUGGGAGGAGAGACCUUCAGGAAGGGGCUUAGGAUGUUCAUUGAAGACCACAAAUUCAAGACCUUUACCGGUGAUGACAUCUGGUCAGCCCUGAACGCAGCUGCCGCCGCCGAUGGCAAGAUACCGAAGAAUGUUGAUGUGAAGACUGUUGCUAAGAGCUGGAUCGAGAAGGAUCGCCUCCCGCUGGUCACUGUUGAGAGGAAUUAUGAGGCCAAGACUGCGGUGGUGAGACAGAAAGUGUACCUCCGCGAGCGCCCCCACGACGUCCCAGACGCAGAUAGCAUGGUGUGGCGCGCUCCAGUCGUGGUCCUCCGUGGAGACCAGCUGGACUUCACCAAGUUCCCUACCUCCUGGAUGCACGACAAGGAGCUGACUGUCCCUAACAUGCCUGGCAAGGAACACUUCAUCAUUGUCAACCCGGAGGAAAUUGCUCCCUUCCCGGUGAACUACGACACUCAAAACUGGAAUCUCCUCUCCAAAUUCCUUCAAAGCAAGGACCGGACGAAGAUCCCAGAGCUCACCAGAGCCAAGCUGCUCCACGACGCUUGGAACCUUGCGUAUGCCGGCGAGUUGUCCUUCACCACUGCCCUGAACAUGACCUGGUUCCUGAAGGAUGAGAGGCACCCGUUAGUUUGGGACCCUGUGUUCACUAUGAUCGACCACAUUGGUGGACAUAUUUGCCAGUGCAUGCAUAAUAAGUUCCAGGCGUACGUUCGCACCCUCCUCACGCCCCUCUACGAAGAGCUGGUGAAGCAAGAAAAAGAAGAUGAGGAACCCUGGAAGAAGAACCUUCGAGCACACACCAAGACCUUCCUGUGCAAGGCUGGGUACCAGCCCUGUGUUACUGAGGCCCAGGAGCAGUACAGCAAGUGGAUGAAAGCGCAGAACCCUGAUGAAGGGAACCCAAUCGCCAAUCAAUUCAUCUGCCCAGUCUUCAAAUGGGGCACCAAAGAGGAGUGGGAGUUCGGGUUCCAGCGGGUCAUCAACUUCCCCCCUUCCAGAAAGCAGAGUGAGAGGACCUACCUCCUCAAGACUCUCGCCGGCUGCCCAGUAGACAAUUACAAGAUUAAUAGACUCCUCAAUGUGACCAUCUUGGAGGGGAAUGGGAACUUCACGGAGACGGACUUGUUCCUGAUCUUUAGUAUGCUGAAUGGAAGCCCGCAGGGUUAUGAGACGCUGUUCUUCUUCUUGGAUAAGAAUUGGAGCGUGCUGAAGGAAAAGUUCGGCAGUAAAACGAAUCUCUGGGACAACCUGAUCACAUCAGCCACCUCUCAGUUCACGACUCAGGAGGGCUUGGAGCUGGUCUCCAACCUCUACGUCGCUCACCAGGGGGAGUUCGGGUCGGCCGAGCACAUCAUCGAGAAAUCCAUGCGGAACGUUCGUGAGGAGGCCAAGUGGUCCACGGAAAACCUGCCCGUCAUAGAUGAUUGGCUUGACAUGUAUCUUGCUAAUUCGAAAAAGAUUUAAAUGCUUCGUUUAUACUGUGUACUUUUAGGUAUUUAAAGACGUAAACAAAUAAUUUGUACAUUUCCAUGCAUACGGAUAGGUGGGCUAACAUAGCCACCAAAAGGAUGCCGACGAAGAAGCGUGGGUCGGGCAGGCCCAGGCAAAGCACGAAACGAUCUUGACGCCUUUCUAAAGAACUGGCCUGAGGAAACGGAGAAUCGGGAGACCCGAGAGUCAUGGAGAGCCAGUUGAGAGGUAGCUUUGCCCAGCAGAAAAACAUGUUCGAUUAACCAAUCAAAUACCACCACCAAGCGCAUAUGUCACUUGAACGACCCGUCUUUAACGUUCUUAAAUAUUUGGUCGUAUAAUAUUUUUACUGGCAUAAGGAGCCUUGUGAGGGUACAUUUUGUUUUUUAUUUAAAUACCUAAAGGUACAGACUAUAGGGCCGGUUGCGUCACAGUUACAGUCAAACUGAUCAAGAUCAAACGUCACCCAGCAUGGAACUUCUCACACAAUAUUUUAAAUUUUGCGAACGCUUUCGGUUAUAGACUAUACAACCGACCCCGUGUAAGAUGUAAAUGGGUUGUUUGAUAUUUUUGCAAUAGAACAAAUAUAAUAGUAUGAAUAGGAUUAUUAAAAUUUAAAAUGCACGGCUGGAAAAUUGGUGAAGUUCUAAUUUAUACUUAUGCUCAACUUUUUUAUACAUCAGAAUUCAAACGUUCUUUAAAUUCUUAAUUCUUAAACCUAAUCAUUUUUUUUUUAAUUAUCGUUUUCAUAAUUGCCACAUAUUCUUUUAAAUUAACAUAAUUUUAUUAACAGAAUGAUGAAUUGAUGGGGCGAAAAAGCAAGUUAGGGUAACAUAAACAGCUUUUUCUCUCCGUGAUAAUAUGAUUAUUUAUGUCGGAUAACAGGUUCAAAAAGUAUUUAUAAAAUAGUAUUAAUAAAGGCUUUAAUUUUU